AUGAACGGCCUCCUCCAUACCGCGUGUCGGAAGGCCAAGGACUUCGAGCAUGCAAUACUGAGAGUGUACAAGGAGCUGGAUGCUACCUUGCGCACCCUGAUACCCACCAAGAGCGUCGUACUGGCCUUCGAUGGCCCGGGGCCCUUGGCAAAGCUUCUCACUCAAAGGAAGCGCAGGAACAAGUCGUCCAAGGCCUCCAAGUACAAGCUCAGUGGCCUGCACAUCACCCCAGGAACGAAGUUCAUGCAGACGAUGAGGGAGGCUUGCGAGUACUAUGCUGCCCUGCGGCUUGUGGCAUCAGCCAAGUUCAAGAAUGUUGCUUUCUACAUUUCGGGCGCAGAUGUAGCUGGUGAAGGUGAGAUCAAGAUCAUCGAAUGGAUUCAUAACCUGCUUCAGAACCAAAAUGACGAGAAGAUCAUAAUAGUUGGAGGAGACGCUGACCUGGUGCUUCAGGGCCUUGCAGUGCUUCGGGUCAAAGAUCUGUUCGUCUAUGCCGGCAAGGACAUGUCGCAGCAUCCCAGCAGCAGGAAGGCCAAGGGAAAGUCUUCUCCCUCCAUCGUCCUCAGCAUGUGGGAAGUUGUCCGCAGUCUUGAGAGGUUGUUCCCUGGCCAGUCACAGGCAGUUCGUGCAGACUUGAUCGUCCUGAUGAUCAUGAAUGGCAACGACUACUUGCCGAAGGUGCGCGGAGGUAGCUUUGAAAGCUUCUUCAGAGCCUACAAGAAGGUGAAGGCGAUGAUUGGCGUACACUGA